GCAGUAGCGCAGUUUGCCGAAAUUGAGGCUCACCUCAUUGCUUUGCUCACUUCCGUGGCAGCGGCUGAGAGUGCCUCUCCAGAGCGUGUAGCGGCACUCCGCCAUUCAGUGCGAGCAGCUCGACGCAGCGAAUUUCGUCGUCAGCAAAGGGAAGUCGAGCGUCGGCGGCAAGAGGAGAGAAAUCAACGCAUUCUCCAGCGAGCCCAAGCACCACCACCACCACCACCUCCCAAAAUGGUUGGUUUAAUUAUAGAGGAAUGCACAAGAUCUGAAUGUCGAUAA